CCCUGGGGUUGGCUAACCCCCUACAAGGGCAUGUGAAGGGAGCACCCUCUUGAUGUCCUUGUGGGGGCAGGGGCCCCAGGGCCGUCUCCGCCCAGCACAGCUUGGCCCAGUCACCUUGGUGGAAUGUCACCUGUGGAGUGGAGCAGGCUGAGCAGUUGGCUGCCCGCUGGGGAGAUGCCUCUCUGGGAGCCCCCACCCUGUGCCCUGCCCAGCUCCGCCCUAGGUCUGUGGGUGAGAACCCCACGGACACGGGGGCAGCUCCCCUCGGCCCCUGGCCCAGCGGGGUGCACAGCUGGGAGGGGGCAGGGUGGCGCUGACGCCCCCCCACUCCCCGUCUCCCGGCCUCUGUGGGAGGGUGGGGUGAAGCCGGACCCGCCCACCGGGUCCACCUGCCUCCCGUUCGGGAGAGUUCCUCCCAGGACCCCAGCAGGCCGGAGGGAGGAAGGUACAGGCCUCAGAGGUGGUGAAACCCUGACCGGAACCUCCCCCGGCCCGCCGGCCCCCACCCCUCCCUCGCGCAGGGUGGCACCCGGUGCUCUUUGCAUAAUCCUGUGGCUUCGCGAUCUUCACCCUGUGGCAGCGGCUCGGCAGAGGGGAAGGGCAGAACGGGCCACCAUGGCGACACACCUCUCCCAGUCCCAGCGGCGCCCUCCCCUCUUACGCCAGGCCAUCAAGAUAAGGCGCCGCAGGGUCAGAGAUCUGCAGGAUCCCCUGCCCCGAACGGCGCAGGAGAUCGAGCCUCCAUCCCACCACUUCUCCCCUGAAGAGCGGGCCCUACUCUACGAGGAAGCUCUCUACACCAUCCUGCACCGCCUGGGUCAGCCCGAGCCCAACCAUGUGAAGGAGGCCUCAGAGCUGCUUCGAUACCUGCAGGAGGCCUUCCACCUGGGGCCCGAGGAACACCAGCAGCUGCUGCAGAAGGUCCAGAAGCUUGAGAAGCCAAUAUUUUGUCUGAAGGCAACGGUGAAACAAGCCAAGGGCAUUCUGGGCAAAGACGUCAGUGGAUUCAGUGACCCCUACUGCCUGCUGGGCAUUGAGCAGGGGGUAGGCGCGCCGGGAGGCAGCCCUGGGUCCCGGCAUCGGCAGAAGGCUGUGGUGAGGCACACCAUCCCGGAGGAGCAGACCCACCGCACCCAGGUCAUCACCCAGACCCUCAACCCUGUCUGGGAGGAGACCUUCAUCCUGGAGUUUGAGGACAUAAGCAACUCAAGCUUCCAUCUGGACAUGUGGGACCUGGAUACCGUGGAGUCUGUCAGACAGAAGCUCGGGGAACUCACCGAUCUGCAUGGGCUGCGGAGGAUCUUUAAGGAGGCCCGGAAGGACAAAGGCCAGGAUGAUUUUCUGGGGAACGUGGUUCUGAGGCUACAGGACCUACGCUGCCAAGAGGAUCAGUGGUACCCUCUGGAGCCCUGCACCGAGACCUACCCCGACCGCGGUCAGUGCCACCUCCAGUUCCAGCUCAUUCACAAGCGGAGAGCCACCGCGGCCAGCCGCUCCCAGCCCAGCUACACGGUGCACCUCCACCUGCUGCAGCAGCUCGUGUCCCACGAGGUCACCCAGCACCAGGCAGGCAGUACCUCCUGGGACGGGUCGCUGAGUCCCCAGGCUGCUACCAUCCUCUUUCUCCAUGCCACGCAGAAGGACCUGUCCGACUUCCACCAGUCCAUGGCGCAGUGGCUGGCCUAUAGUCGUCUCUACCAGAGCCUGGAGUUCCCGAGCAGCUGCCUCCUGCACCCCAUCACCAGCAUCGAGUACCAGUGGAUCCAGGGCCGGCUCAAGGCAGAACAGCAAGAAGAGCUGGCUGCCUCGUUCCGCAACCUGCUGGCCUACGGCCUCUCCCUCAUCAGGAGGUUCCGGUCUGUUUUCCCCCUCUCUGUCCCCGACUCCCCAGCCCGGCUGCAAUCUCUUCUCAGGUCAGCGGCUACCCCUUCCCCUUCUUCAGUGAGGCCAGGAACGAGGGUGCCUGCAGGGAUGCGGCAGCCUGCUGGAGAUGGGAGGGGGGGGGGUACAGGGGCAGCGGGCAUCCUGGACCCAGCUGUCUGUCCCCACAGGGUCCUGGUACAGAUGUGCAAGAUGAAGGCCUUUAGGGAGCUGUGCCCCGACAGCGCCCCCCUGCCCCGCCUGGUGACUGAGGCGCUGCGGACCGGCACCGUUGAAUGGUUCCACCUGAAGCAGCAGCACCAUCAGCCCAUGGUGCAGGGCAUGCUGCAGGCAGGCAAGGCCUUGCUGAGCCUGGUGCAGGACAUCAUUGGCGACCUACACCAGUGCCAGCGCACGUGGAACAAGAUCUUCCAGAAUGCCCUCAAGGUCAACCUCUUCUCCAUGGCUUUCCUGGAGCUUCAGUGGCUGGUGGCCAAGCGGGUACAGGACCACACGGCGGCGGUGGCGGGCAGCCCCGUGUCCCCGGAGGUGGGCGAGAGUCUAUUCCAGCUCUAUGUCAGCCUCAAGGAGCUCUGCCAGCUGGGCCCAGUCCCCGCAGAGAGGGAUGGCGUCCUGGCCCUGGAUGGCUUUCACCGCUGGUUCCAGCCCGCCGUCCCCUCCUGGCUGCAGAAGACAUACAGUGUGGCCCUGGCGCGGGUGCAGCGCGCUGUGCAGAUGGAUGAGUUGGUGCCCCUGGGUGAACUGACCAAGCACAGCACAUCAGCCGUGGAUCUGUCCACCUGUUUCGCCCAGAUCAGCCAUACUGCCCGGCAGCUGGACUGGCCCGACCCAGAGGAGGCCUUCAUGAUCACCGUCAAGUUUGUGGAGGAUACCUGUCGGCUGGCCCUGGUGUACUGCAGCCUCAUAAAGGCCCGGGCCCGGGAGCUCUCCGCAGGCCAGAAGGACCAGGGCCAGGCGGCCAACAUGCUAUGCGUGGUGGUGAACGACAUGGAGCAGCUGCGGCUGGUGAUCGGCAAGCUGCCCACCCAGCUGGCAUGGGAGGCGCUGGAACAGCGGGUAGGGGCUGUGCUGGAGCAGGGGCAGCUGCAGAACACGCUGUAUGCCCAGCUGCAGGGCGCGCUGGCCGGGCUGGGCCACGAGAUCCGCACUGGCGUCCGCACCCUGGCCGAGCAGCUGGAGGUGGGCAUUGCCAAGCACAUCCAGAAGCUCGUGAGUGUCAAGGAGUCUGUCCUGCCUGAGGAUGCCAUUCUGCCCCUGAUGAAGUUUCUGGAAGUGAAGCUCUGCUACAUGAGCACCAACUUGGUGCAGGAGAACUUCAACAGCCUUCUGACCCUGCUCUGGACCCACACGCUCACCGUCCUGGUGGAAGUGGCCGCCUCCCAGCGGAGCUGCCCCCUGGCCUCUAGCAGGCUGAAGAUUGCACUUCAGAAUCUGGAGAUCUGCUUCUACGCAGAGGGCUGUGGACUGCCACCUGAGGCCCUGCACACAGCCACCUUCCAGGCUCUGCAGAAAGAGCUGGAGCUGCAGGCCGCUUCUAGCAGGGAGCUCAUCCAGAAGUACUUUUGCAGCCGGAUCCAGCAGCAGGCAGAAGCGGCUUCUGAGGAGCUCGGGGCGGUCACAGUCAAGGUCUCCUACCGCGCCUCUGAGCAGAAGCUGCGUGUGGAACUGCUCAGCGCCUCCAGCCUGCUGCCCCUGGACUCCAAUGGCUCCAGCGACCCCUUUGUCCAGCUGACCUUGGAGCCCAGGCACGAGUUCCCUGAGCUGGCCCCCCGGGAGACCCAAAAGCACAAGAAGGACCUUCACCCCCUGUUUGAUGAGACCUUUGAAUUCCUGGUGCCUGCUGAGCCGUGCCAGAAGGACGGAGCUUGCCUCCUGCUCACGGUGCUGGACCAUGACACGCUGGGGGCUGAUGACUUGGAAGGGGAGGCCUUUCUGCCACUACGCUCAGUGCCGGGCCUGACUGGGACGGAGGAGCCUGGCGAGGUGCCUCAGACCCGUCUGCCCCUCACCUACCCUGCGCUCAACGGGGAUCCUAUCCUGCAGCUGCUGGAGAGCCGGAAGGGUGAUCGGGAGGCCCAGGUGUUUGUGAGGCUGCGGAGGCAGCGAGCCAAGCAGGCCUCCCAGCAUGCCCCAAAGCCAGGGCGGUAGCAGUGGAGGUUGGGGAGGGGGCUGGGUGCCUGCAAGAUCUGGGUUCUCCCCACCAGCCUGGCCUAACAGUCCGCAAGGGCCCUGCAAGUCUGGGGAACCCCGGUGUGCGGAAGGCCCAGAGUGUGGAUCCUCUCUGGUCCUCCCACCAGAGGGGCCCCUGUGGUAUUUAUACUCCCU